AAUGGAAAAAUAUUCUUGAUAAUCAUAUUUUUUGGCAAGAUAUUAAUGAAAAAUUAGAUUUUGAAAAACCUAAAUCUAAAGGAAAAUAUACAACAUAUUAUUCUAUCUUUAACAAAAAUUGGAAAAAACUUUGUUCUUGUAAAAAAGAACUUAAAAGAAACAAACAAAAAUCAAUU